GGCGGUGUGUGCUUGAGGUCGAGCGCUUAAUGUGGAGACACAACCGGAUGCAGCUGAAGAAGAGUCGCUAACUGGAGCUAACGUCAUCCAAACAUAAGAUUAAAACCGUAAUAUUUACAGAAUUACUCCAUUGGUGAUUUGAUAACUCAAAAGAAUAGACAUGAUUAAAGCCAUCUUGAUAUUUAACAACCACGGGAAGCCGCGGCUGAUCCGGUUCUAUCAGUAUUUUGCAGAGGACAUGCAGCAGCAGAUCAUUCGGGAGACUUUCCAUUUGGUUUCGAAAAGAGACGACAAUGUCUGCAACUUCUUGGAGGGUGGAAGUCUCAUUGGUGGCUCUGACUACAAGCUGAUUUACCGGCAUUACGCGACACUCUACUUUGUCUUCUGUGUGGACUCGUCUGAGAGUGAGCUCGGCAUCCUGGACCUGAUCCAGGUGUUUGUGGAAACGCUGGAUAAAUGCUUUGAAAACGUCUGUGAACUGGACCUCAUAUUCCACAUGGACAAGGUCCAUUACAUCUUGCAAGAGGUGGUGAUGGGUGGAAUGGUGUUGGAGACCAACAUGAAUGAGAUUGUUGCGCAGGUCGAAGUGCAGAACCGCAUGGAGAAGUCAGAGGGAGGUCUAUCGGCGGCCCCCGCUCGCGCUGUUUCUGCCGUGAAGAACAUGAACCUGCCCGAGAUUCCCCGCAACAUCAACAUCGGAGACAUCAAUAUCAAAGUGCCGAGCCUCUCCCCGUUCUGAGCAGAAUUCCAACUGAGCUCUGCAGGGCCGAUGUACUACUGAUGCAGUUCCCCUCCACCCAGCUCUGUUGUUAAUACAGGGAAAACUGUUUUAUAUAUGUUUUUUUUUUUUUUCAGCUUAUUUUCCCCCUCAUUCUUUUCACAUGAACGGGAGAUAACCUGUCGAUUGUCCUCUGUUCUCCUGUAUGCAAUUUACAGAUUACUCAAGGUGAAGGAUUUGCACAAUAAUGUAAAGUUAGAUUCUAUAAAGCAUCAAGAUUAAUAUUAAUAUCUGUAUCUUCUGCUAUUCUUUCUGUUUUAAUUUCUCCAGUUGAUUUCUUGCUCUUUCUAAAAGAAGGAUGAAUUGUGUUAGCCCAGUGCGUGUUUUCUAGGGCCGUAGUCAAAUCUAGCUUGGUCAACUGAAAUUCUACCUACUCUUCAUCCAGUCGAUUGGUCAUAACUAAACGGGCCCAGCUAGCUGCUAAUAAGUCAGAAACAAAGUUACACAGCGUUGCAAAGCAAAUAAAUUCCUGCUCUUUGAUCAUUAUCCUGUCUAUCAAGUAAAUUUAUAUACAGCAAUAACCCACACUCACAUACUGGCAAGAAUUGUGCAGUGAAGCGUGCUUUGGUACAACAACAAAGAUAACGCAGUAUAAAACUUUGGAGUUGGAAAAACCAUCAUGAAAAAAGAAUUAUUGGAUUCAAUUGCUGGCAUCAAAAGAGGAUUUAUGCUACAUUCUUUCUCUUAACUGUCCUCCCCAACCUGGAGAGUAGCCGUCCAGAAUGCCAAAACCAAGUCUAGCAGACUAAGCAACAAAAUUAACACUAAAAUAACAUCCAACAUUUAUCCAUUCAGAUCUUCUGUCUUCUGAGGCUGGGAGCUGAUAUACAGUAGCAACAGUUUGUGCUGGUUCUUUACCAUUCAGUUUGUAAAACAGAACCACAUUUGUUGAGUAAAAUAUAUUUGAAUAUUAUUAUUUUUUAAUUCAGAAUCAAUUAUUUCUAACACAAUACAGCCCAUCACUCAAAAAUUCUGUACAUUAAGUCUUCAUAUGAUGGAUAUGGAGCUCUUUUCUCCUUUAUAAAAGUAAGACCAGUGGUUGUCCAGCCAAUUUGGGGAAGUUGGUCAGACACAAGCAUAUCAACCAACCGCAGAGGUGUCCGCUUUAGUGUUUUCCUAUACAACUCUAGUAAAUCUCUGACAGGUUUUAAAAUGUUCCUUGUGUAGAGGAACCUUUUGGACUCACUGAAAUAAAAUUCCAUGGGUUCUGUAUUGAGGUAUAAUUACACAAACACAUCUGUCCAUGUAUGUGUUUUUCGUACAAACCGAUUAGACUCCCCUGCUUGGCUCUUGUCACAGUUCAUUUUUCCUUUUCUGUAAUGUGUAUAUAUUGUGUCCCUGACAUUUUUGUGAGUUGUGAAUAAUAAUAUUGUUCCCCUGGUUGAACUCAGUACAGGAAAUGUAAAGGCUGUUAAAUUUUAGCCAAGUUUUAAUGUGCUGUGAUAGUAUCCUGCCAACAUCUGUUCAGAGAGAGGCAGCAGACUAACUUUGACCUUUUAAGUGUUUGUAUAAAGUGUGUUUGUGUCUUAUUGGCUGUAUUUAAUGUUAACAUAGAAGAUUCAUUUAAGCCAUACUCUGCUAGAGUUUCGCCAUUCAGUCCUGUCUAGCCUCUCAAGGAAGGCAAAUGUGUCUGUGUCAAAAAACAUUCCUUGCCAAGGUUAAAUAAAUGAAAAUGCACAUCUG